UCACAAUUGAACUAAACAAUAGAAUAUGGGGGUGGCUUUUUGUGGUUUUUAGAAAAAAUUUACGAUUUGCUAAUUUAAUUAUAUUGAUGACAAUGUGCCAAGUGUAAAUAAACGUACGAAAUUAUGCAAUAACACUAAUUGCACAGCAGUAACAGCAGCAACAACAUCAACAACAACAGCAGCAGCAGCAAAAUGUCCGCAUCAUUCUGGAGCUUGUGUCUGGCAUUGUUGUUUCUGCUGGUGCUCGGCACACCGGCCAUAUCCUCGCGUGUCCUGGAGCUGAGCGAUCGCUUCAUCGAUGUACGCCACGAGGGCCAAUGGCUAGUCAUGUUCUAUGCCCCUUGGUGCGGCUAUUGCAAGAAAACGGAGCCGAUCUUUGCGCUCAUCGCGCAGGCUCUGCACGCGACCAACGUGCGUGUGGGCAGGCUGGAUUGCACCAAAUAUCCGGCGGCAGCCAGAGAAUUCAAGGUGCGCGGCUAUCCGACCAUCAUGUUCAUCAAGGGCAACAUGGAGUUCGUUUACAAUGGGGAUCGCAGCAAGGACGAGCUGGUCGACUAUGCGCUGCGCAUGUCCGGGCCGCCCGUGCAGCUGGUCACGCGCACGGAUAGCGUCGAUAUGCUGAAGGGUUCGCACACGAUCUUCUUUAUGUUUGUCGGGCCGCAGCAGGGCAUUGUGUGGGACACAUACUAUGCCGCCGCCGAGGGCUAUCAGGAGCACGGUUUCUUCUAUGCGACCAGCGAGGAUAUUGCCGCACAGCAUUUCGACUUUGAGCAAUUGCCCGCGGUGAUUGUCUACAAGGAGGAACAGCAUCAUUUCUAUCCGCACGGUCAUGUGGCGCACGAAAUGGAUCCGAACGAUGUCAAUGAAACCAUUUUCCAGUGGGUCAAUGUGGAGCGAUUUACGCUCUUUCCGAAGGUGACGCGUUUCAAUAUCCAUCAGCUGCUCAAGACCAAAAAGUUCUUGGUGCUCGCCGUCGUCACGGAGGACAAACUCAGCCAGAUAGCCACACAUGAGCUGGAGUUCCGUGACAUGGUUGAGGGCGUCAUACGCAAGCAUCGUCCGCGCUAUCAUGAUAAAUUCCAGUUCGGCUGGAUUGGCGAACCGUCGAUAGCACAUUCGAUUAUCUUGGACCAAUUGCCCACGCCCCAUUUGAUAGCGUUGAACUCGACGACGCAGCAUCAUUAUAUACCCGAGGACGAUCCGCUGCAGAUGACGCCGCAGGCUCUGCACCUGUUCCUCGAGUCCAUCAGCAAUGAGAGCGCCACAGUCUACGGCGGCGACACCUAUUUUGUGCGCUGCAAUCGGGCGCUCUUCGAGCUGAAGCGCUCCCUGCGCGAGAUGUGGCGCGGCAAUCCCGUGCUAAUGACCGUCAUCUUUGGCCUGCCGCUGGGCUUUCUAUCGCUGAUCAUGUACUCCAUUUUCUGUGGCGACUGUCUGGUCACCGAGGAGGAGCAGGACGAGGAUCACGAGAAGAAGGAGUAGAAAUUCAUUUCACUCUCGCGCGAUUCUCACAAUGUACUUUUCGUAAUGUACUUUUGCAUAUAGCCAAAAUCUAGUCUUAAUUUAAACGACAUAAACUACAUUUUGCUUUUA